AAAAUAACCCAAAGUUUUGCAUAUCAAUGUAAGGACCAUUUCACGAAGAAUGCACCCUGGUGCCUCUUGAUGUACCUACACUGCAGUUACGCUUCGUAUAUCAGCUUUCUUGCGUAAUACAUCGUUCAGUUGUCAACAUUAAAUGUGAAAUUGUCAACGUGUACAUGUAAUGGUCUGGUGAUUCGAUUACGGUUUGUCUGAAAGUGGGAUAUUCACAAUGACGGCGAUAUCGGUAAACAGGCGGACUUCCAUUGUAUGUGCACUUCUACUUGUGGCUCUCUGUCUCGUAUCAUCUACGCCGAGUUUUAUUGAAAGACCAGCUGAUGUAAUCGCCGAUGUAGGCUCGACGGUCGAAAUUAUAUGCCAAAUAGCGAAUAAAUCUGACUACACGGUUUAUUGGCAAAUCAACAAUCGGCAUAUGCACAGUGUGUUGCUGGGGGUGACUCUCAACAAGGCAUACCCACGAUUUUUAUUCAGUGGGGACCGAGAGGAAGGUGAGUACAACCUGAGAAUUCAGGCCACCGUGCUCGACGAUGCCGGAUCUUACGCCUGCCUUGUAGCGGCACCGGACAACGACCCCGGGAAACAUCUCCAGGCUAACGCGAAUUUAGCAUUCGGUCAUAUCAUUGCCCCUAUAGUUGAGGUUAACUGCGAUGAGUAUUUUAAUAUUAGAUUCGACAACCAGGAAUCCAACCAAGAAGGUAGUACCGUGGGACUAACCUGUCAAUCAAGGGGCGGUGAACCCCUGGCUACGUUGGAAUUGCAAAGAAACGGAGAGGCGAUGCCUGGACAAAAUCGUACGACUGGGUAUGAUGAAACAGGACAAACUCAAAUUGUUUAUACCUCCGUCACUUGGGAGCUCACCUACGAAGAUAAGAACGCCCAUUUUACUUGUGCUGCUAGUCACCCUGCGUGGGUAGUGGACCAUAAAGUGUGCUCGUUUGGACAGUCAUUGUGGUUGUCGCAUAAACCCGUCGUAACGAUUACGCCAUCUUGGAAACGAUUCGAAGAAGGGGACAGCGGAACUUUUAAUUGCACCGCAGACGCUGAUCCCGCCUUACAUGGCGUUCCGUUGGUACUUUGACGGGGAGGAAAUAACAGACGUGUUUGAACGAUUUAGCUCUAUAAGCAGCGAGGGUUGGUCCGCCUUGACAUUGAUGGCAUUACUGAAUAUGACUUUGGUAAAUCUGUGGUUUGUGAAGUUAAUAAUGAUAUGGGUAUGGGUAACCGUACUGCUAAGAUCAUGGGACCGGAAGUUGUCUUGUUUACUCCUCUCAAACUUGAAUUAUCCACCAUGGUUACCAUCAUCGGCGUCAUAAUGUUCAUCAUCUUCAUCGUUACUAUAGUGAUAGUAGUAAUAGUUUGCUGUUGCCCGAAAAGAAGAAAGAAAAGGGAUAACCCAAAUCGCCAGGACGGGUACAACUUAACAGAGCCUGAUACCGGAACAAGACAACGUCCAACUCGCGAAGAAAUGGAGGAAGAUGCAUACGCAGCCAAUGUGAAUAAAAGGAAUGACGGAAUAGACUACGCUCAGUUUCAAGGCGGUGCAGAAAUCAACUCGAUUCGAAAUGACCCAGUGAGAACCGAAGUGAGCAGGAAUUCGUCGAAAAAGACAACUUUCAAAGACGAGAAGGAGUCCUCGAAAAAGAAAAAGGGGUCCAGUAAAAAGAAGAGAGGUUCAAGCAAGAAGAAGAUUCAAAAUAAAGAUGAUACAGACCAUAGUGAUAAUGAUAAUAAAGAUGAUGAUGAUCAUGGUAAUGAUAACACGGGGUAUGUACCAGACGUCACUUACGCAACGCCCAAUAAAAAGGGAUCUCUCCGAUCACGUGCUAGCAAUGAAGAUAAUACUUUUGCUGACGACGUAGAGUCUAACAACUCCAAUAACCAAUCAGCACCAAGAGGACACGUGCUGUACUAACCGUGUACAACUUUGCAGAUUGUCGCAAUUCAGAACUUGCUUGAACUGUGUUUACUAAUUUCAUGUUAUGGUUUUAGUUUCGCGCAUUAUUUCAACGGAAAAUGCAUCCCGCCUAUCCAAAACCCACCAGUGCAAUACAGGUGUUAUUAGCUAUGUGGCUGCGAAUGGUGGCAAUGGAAAAUAAAGGUGCAUGGAUACUAAACGAUAGCGACAAUAUUUCAACAUGGUUAAAUUAUACUUUGAAUUCGUAAACUGUAAAAUGAACGUUUUUUCAACGUAAACGAUUCCAUUGUUUUGUUUUUUGUUGGACUACUAUUGACAUUCCACGAACUGCUUGAGUCGUUUUGGAUUCAACCGUGACAUUCGUUCAUGGCCUCUAAUGGUCAGAAUCAUGCAGACAUCCUGGCAUUUUGGGGGAGUCAUGUAUACACAUGACAUUUUAAAGAAAAUGUAAUUUAGCUUGACUUGGGGGUUGCAUAUUUUUUUUUUAAAUACUAGUAUCUAAAACUUCCUAAAACUAAAUACAGUCAUGCAUUACCGGCGACCUCGCAAGUGGGAGCACUAACGCUGUCAACUUGACGACUUCCAUAAUAUUUGCAUAUCAUUUGCAUAUGAUUAAGGUAGUUCUCUACCAUUAAAACAUGAAAAAAAAUGAUCACAGUAAACAAUUUUGUGUGAUACUAAUUAACAUACACACAAGUCGUUCAUAUUUAACGUUUUUAUGGAGAAAGAAGGACGUGCUUUCAAGAAAGCAGAUGCAAAAUAAUCUAAGAAACGGCCAUUUUGGAACACUUUCCAUUGCAUUUCAUGUAAAUACAUUUAUUGUAUGGAAAGCCUGUACUAAUAUUCAAAAUAUCUCCAAUGAUUCGUGACAGCCUUAAUGUAGUUGUCAUGACACUACAUAUCAUUUUUUUUAGGCAUAUGUCACUGAACAAAUUCGUGUAACACGAUGGAAUGAUUCUGACUAUUCACAAAACGCAUUAUUUUCAAUUUUCCGAUGUAGUUUUUUUUUAUUUCAGAAAUACAUCAGUAACCCAGCCCCUAUUGCUGUAUGCGUAUGUAAUGGUAGCGAAGUACCUUAAUUCAAUACUUAC